AUGCGCCCGCCGACGUGCUUUAUGUUUUGGCAGUCGCACCUCGUAGAGGCUCUCGAGACGCGGACGACACCGAUGACGUCGCUAGACGACGUGGCCAUGCUGCUCCGCCAGAUCCAUGCACGUCAUUGGAUGCUACCGGAAGUGUAUCGUCUCUUCUCGCAGUGGCACGCCGUCUACCCCCACUGCGCGCUGCCCCGCUUUGAAACCUUUGAUGCCUUUGUGAAGAGCCAGUUGCAUCCGGCGGCCACCGAGUGCACGCCGACGAUCGUCGCCCA